GGCGUCGUCCGCACUGCGCAGCCGCGGAGGGAGGUGCCCCCUUUCUCUGCCUGGCGGCGGGCCUGCAAAAUCAUGAGCGCGGCGGCUUCGGGCCCUGGCCGGCGGGCGCGAGUGUCCCGCCUGGUCUCCUUCAGCGCGACCCAUCGGCUCCACAGCAAAUCUCUGAGUAAUGAGGAAAACUUGAAACUGUUUGGGAAAUGCAACAACCCAAAUGGCCAUGGGCACAAUUAUAAAGUUGUGGUGACAGUACAUGGAGAGAUUGAUCCUGUUACAGGAAUGGUCAUGAAUUUGACUGACCUCAAAGAGUAUAUGGAGGAGGCAAUUAUGAAGCCCCUUGAUCAUAAGAAUCUGGAUCUGGAUGUGCCGUAUUUUGCAGAUGUUGUAAGCACGACAGAAAAUGUAGCUGUAUAUAUCUGGGAAAACCUCCAGAAAUUUCUUCCUAUGGGAGUUCUUUAUAAAGUAAAAGUAUAUGAAACUGAUAAUAAUAUUGUAGUCUAUAAAGGAGAAUAACUCUUAGAGGUUAAUACUAUAGAAUGAUUUAAUUUUUUUCCAUAUUUGAAGAAGAUCUUUAUCCCCUUGGACAAUUAAGAAGUCAUCACAUAAUUGUUGCAUAUCCAUAUUGAGUUCUGGAGCACUUGAUUUAUUGGAAUCAUUGUGAGUAAGACCUGUUUUAGACUCAAAUCUAUUUUAAAAUCAAAUUUGUAAUGUAUUCUGAGUAUCAUUUAAAGAGUCUUUCAUCUAUAGAUUAAAAUCAUUUCAGCAAAAUGUUUGGUGUAGAAUUAUAUGAAAGCAAAAGAAAUCUGUUUUUAUUUUUCCAUUAUCUCAUUUUUAGUAUUCAUUUUAUUUUCUUGGCAUAAUAUAAAUGGCAAAAAUGUUUAUAAGACUCACAGUAGGUGAAUCUUAUAAAAAAUAAAAUACAGGUGAUCACCAAGUCUAGAAACAUAGACAACAUUCUAUUUCUUAGUAGAUUGAGCUCCCUUGAUCACUUCUAGAAUAUGCUAAAGGUGCAAGUUUAUUCAGUGAAAAUUAGACAUAAAUCAUCUGAGGCAAUGCAUUGUAAAUAGUUGUACAAGGACUGAUGGGAAUGUUGCUUUAAUGCACAUUAUUCAUUGCACAUUUGCACAGCUUAUUGAACUAUGAACUGCUAGUGAGGAAUAGCACAUUGAACAUAAUCAUGGAAGAUCAGUAAACUGCUUAUGUAUAUUUGUCUGUGUUUCCAGACCUUGUGGCUACCUGAACAAUUUAAACUCAGAAGGCUGAAGAAUAAUCACAUGUAUUAAACCCUUUUAAAAUAAUCAACAUGAAAAGGAUAUAUUACUCUGUAAAGGAUCUCUUUUAUACAGUUUUUCCUAAUUAAUUCCAUUUUGUUCUGAUCACUAAAUUUAUCUGCUUAGGUUGAACUAUAUUUUUCAUCCCUGGUAUCAUUUUCUCAUGCCUAAAUCCACAAGAACGUAUUUGCUUUCUUCGCAAAAAGAACUGUUCUCACUUGUGUUCUCAUUUGUAUUCUGAACUUCUUAAAUAUAGGGUUUCAUUUUUCUCUCCACAUAGCAACUAGUACACAAUGGAUUCUUAGAAUGUUGCUGCCUGAAAAUAGUAAAAGGACAUGUGUGGUGAUUACUAUACUAAAAAAAUUUUCAAA